AUGACCCCCGCAAUCACCAGAACAUACGGGUCUCGCAACAGCAGAGCGGGAUACCCUUCUUCUCCCGUGUCUGACCUGUCGUCUCCACCGCUCCCAGAGAGCAAGAGAAAGCGGCCAUUGACAGACCAAUCCUCCGUCGUGAACAUUACCAAUCCACAUCCAACGAAACGCUUGAAGCUCAAAGGGACUGCAUCGCAGAGCGCAAACAGUAACACAAGGAAUAAAACGCAAAACAAGCAACGAACUCUUACACAGCUACAUUUCUGUAUCGACACCUCCAUAUUAAAGACAUGCCCAACUUGUGAUCUCUCAUACACGAAGGGGGCACCGGAUGACGAAGCGCUUCAUAGAGCACAUUGCUCGAGAGUCCAACGUGGUUUGGAGUGGGGGAAAGAAGAGGAAAGGGAAGCCAUAAAGGCUGGCGUAGUCACUGUAGAGGACAGCGUCCGAAUAAAGAACGGCAAGCGGGGCCGGAUACUACAUGUCAGAGCAGAUGUUGGGGGGAAGAUUGGCUCCAAGCUGGCUACUCUCUACGAUACCAUUAACCUCGCCCUUUCCUCCCCGCCUCUCACCUCCGAAGCUCUUCGUGCAUCGAAAGUUUAUCUAUUUCUGCUGCCGUCUGCGAUUGCGGGAUCAUUCAGAGAGAAGAUAGUGGGGUGUGUGAUAGCCCAACGCAUUUCGACAGCCAUGGCUAUCGCGACGCCGACCAAUGCAACAGCCUCCCAUGAUUUGGGACCAGAGGAGACCUCAAGGUUGAUCGCUGUUGACACAACUUCGGGGCUUUUCUGUGAUCCCGCGCCUCUACCAACCCCUCUAGGGAUUCCGCGAAUCUUCGUUCCUUCUACACAUCGCCGUCAGGGAAUCGCGAGCAAAUUGCUAUCUGCCGCGGCUUCGACGUUUAUUCAUGGAUGUCCUCUGGACCCGUCGAAGGGCGACGUGGCCUUCACCCAGCCGACUGGAGAUGGGAAUGCCGUUAUGCGAAGUUGGGGCGGUAAUGGGGUCCGUAUAUACGAGGAAUGA